AUGCAGCAGCAGUGGCACUGCAAGACUUGCCUUCAUGCCUCGAGCAAGCCAUUUCUCAACUUCGCGGAGGACACCCAGCGCUGCAUGUGCAAGCGGCCGACGUCGGCGAUUGCGGAGACCAAGGUGCAGCAUAAUCUGCAAGCCCAGUUGCAGCAGCAGGCCAAGCUCAUCCAGCGGCUCCAGGAUGCCGCCAAGGAGCGCGAGCGGCUAGGCUACCCGUCAACAGCCAUGAGGAUCUGGACACCGCGGCUGCAGGCCAUUGGACAGGAGUUGCCGCACGCCCAGUGCAUCUGUGGUGCAGCGGCGGGGGUCCUCGUCAAGGCGCUGCUCGAGGAGCAGCAGGACAUCCAGCUGUCCAUCCGCUCGUUGCAGCCACGCGGCCAGCAGAUGCGGACGGUUGCGCGCCACAUCGGGACCUGCGAACGUGACUUGCAGAAGGCCGCGCCUCUUGCGGAGCGCAAGAUGCAGGAAACUGAGCUGGCUGCUCUGGCGCCGCUGGCGCCGCCAGCUACCUUCGAGGUGCCCCGCGCUCCUCAGCGCGCGGCCGGCGUCGGCGCGAGGGGGCUGGAGGCGGUAUUGCAGCGCCUGGGGGUGGUCAUGCCAGACGGUUCCACGGUGGCGGCGCACGACCAGCUACCGCCAGCGGCAGCGCAGGCGGUGCAGCCCCCGCUGGAGGCUGGGCGUGUGGAGGCAGCGGCCCCUCUGGCAGCGCAGCGCGCCGAGGGCCUGUUCUCCGACGCCGGCCAGAUGCGGCAGCGGCUCCCGCAGGCAGGGGCGGUUGCCCCCGAGGGUACCUUGCAGGUGCAGCGCGAGUUCCAGAGGAUGCGCGCGGUGGCCUUUUGCUCCGGGCCGCCCAGCCAGGCGGUGCCCUCGGGCGCCGGCAUCGCGAGGGCCAGCCGCCUCGGCAUCGGCCAGGCAGCCGAGGUGGAGGAGAGGACGGUUCCAGACGAGGUGCUGCUGCUGCUGGCCGCCCGCGAGCGCCCCGCGGAGCUGCCCGGGAGCGCGGGGCGGCGGCUCUCGCUCGUGGGCGGCGGCGCCAGCGCGGCGGCGCUGGCGGCCUCGGCGCUGCCCGGCCUGGGAGGCCGCGCUUGGGCAGAGGAUCUCGUGCUCGCGCGGCGCUUCGCUGGCCAGGAGCUGGACAAGCUGAGCGUGUGGGGCUUGCCGUUCGGCCGCCCUGAGGACCUCUUCUACCCGCCCUGGAUGGAGGGCACCUGGCACGUCACCGCCAAGCUGACCAACUACAGCGCGCCGCUGGGGCUGAAGUAUGUGGUCAACGGCGGCAGCGACACCAGGAUGGCCAAGCAGGCCCUGGACGAUCAGCGGCGCAGGGUGGGGGUGCCGGUCGAGUACGACCUCCGCUACUUCCAGAGGAGGCGCGGGGGGGUCGUCGAGGACCGGCUCUUCAACCUGCGGGCCCGGGAGGACGCCUACGCGGGCAAGCCGGUAACGAAGCGGGUGGAGUACACCGACAUCCCUGGCAGCAAGCGCGAGGAGUCGCUGAGGCGGGGCGACGGCCCCGACGAUCCGCUCAUGGCGGCCCUGCUCUACUCGAAGCUGGGCGUGCAGAAGAUCAUCGUCGUGCGCUUCCAGUCGGAAGACGAGGGCAGCAGCCUGUGGCGUGGCUCGCAGAGCGUCCGCACUCUCCUCGGCCAGGGGCGGCUGAACCCCCUGGCGGUCGACGAGGAGGUCCUGACCGAGUACAGGCUGCUGCCCGGGGGCGGGGUCGCGGGGCGCGUCCGCCUGCUCGGGUUCCUGAACCCCAACGACCCGCUCUUCUUCGAGGCCGGGAACAAGGCCGUGACGCUGGCCGACUACCAGCUGGACCUCGUCCGGACUUCGGCCGGCCCCGGCGGCGCCGAGGCGCCACCGCCCGGCGCCUGAGCGGAGCAGCCCGGGCGCGCGCUGGAAUCCGGGCUGGCGCAGCCGAUGCGGGCGAUCCGACGCCUUGUCAAAAGGCGUCUGGCGGAU